GGCCUACACAUUGCUAGUUGGCUUUAUUCCUGAAUGUCUAGCAUUUCUGAAAUUCGCUGAGGGCAGCCCCUCCCCCCCCCCAUUACUUUCCUAUUUUUAAAGAUCUCCGUGGGGAUAACACACAGUGUGGGACUCCUGGCUUUCGCAUGCUAUUAAGUUAUUGCCACCCCCAAGGACAACCCCGCAAGGAGGAUGAGGACUCACAUAACUCUGAAUCAAUAAAGGAAGCAGCUCAAUUAGCAUUUCACAUGCUUUUCUUCCCUCUCUUCUUACCUUCCCUGCAGUGGGCAUGCUUUCCCCUUAAAGGAUUGUCCUGUUUCUGCUCCUUGCCAGCGUUGGCAGGGUGACAGUAGUCGAGUGUGCAAACGUGUGCUAUUGUCCUGGGGCCAAGGGGAGUCAUGGAGACCCACUAAUAUGACACAGGAAAAUGUUUGCUGAUGGCAAUUCUAUGGGCUUUGUCUAACUCUUUCUCCAUCAUGACGACUCGAUUUAAGUCUCUAACUGUUUGACUACAGAUGCAAGAGUACUAUCCAACUCCAUCCUUUUGUCCAAGUGGUUUGAAUGGGUAAUUCAGCUUUUGUGUGGCUCAAUUGAGGGGGCAAACAUAAAGACAAGAUUCUUGAGCGCUCAAGCUCUUUUUCCAUGGAUAUCUGCACAUCUCUUUAGAGAUUUGUUCCUUUCCUACCUUUUUCUGACAUCACCCUCCCUUUAAAGAGGGGCGAAAGCCCCGAUCAAGAACAGUUUAAAAAGUAGGCUAGCCAGGUUUUCCAAACUAGCAUUGUCCAAUGUUACUCAAGCAUGCUUACUGCCAGCCUUCAGACAGCUUUGGAGUAGUUUAGAGGAAAAGGGCCUCUGCAAACUUUCUUUACUCAUCCUCAGCAUAUCAUGUUUGAUUGUGUUUAAGGGGGGGAAAGUGGGGAGGGGAGGGUCUGGAAACAGGCAGAAUGGUAGGAAUCACAGGGAAAUGAUCGUAUUUAUUAGCUGUCUUUCUGUGGCUGUCCCCAUGGUGACAAUUUGUGAUGGCAAAGAAUGUGAGAACGGGGAGCCCAAUGCCUGAUUGGGAUGCUUUGUAUUUGGCAAAGUGGCUUCUGAUUGGCCUGAGAAAGCCUCCUAACUAGAAGGACUUGAUAUUCAUUCAGCUUACUCAAGUGCUGCAAAACACUCACAGGGUCCGGCUGCUUCUCUAAAGGUUGGUAGUGUCUAACCUAUGUAACAAGAUUAGCUGGGCUACUACUAAAGAUAGAAAAAGGGAAAGAGACCUUCAUGGAUGAGCCCUUCUUCUUCCUUCUCCCCUGAGCUGUGAGAUAUGGCCUCCUCAUCGGCCGACAGUGAGGUGAAGACCCUCCUCAACUUUGUCAACUUGGCCUCCAGCGACAUCAAAGCUGCCUUGGACAAGUCAGCUCCUUGCCGCCGCUCCGUUGAUCACAGGAAAUACUUGCAAAAGCAGCUCAAGCGCUUCUCCCAGAAAUAUGCCCGCCUGCCAAGGUGCCAUCAUCACCAUCAUCCCCACCAUAUGCAGCAGCCGUCAUCUCUGAGGGAGCGAAAGGCAGAGCUUGAGGGGAAAAGCAGGGGCCUCAACACCUCUGAGUCACCUGAGGCCUCUGAGGGGCGAGUUGCUGUAGUUGCCACCACCUCGGCCUCCAUCUUGGCCCAAAGCGACAAAGCUUGCAAGGCUGACCACGAGCGACAGCAGCAACAGGGCACCUCAGAGGCGCUUGCUAGGCCAGACCAAGUGCCCAUGAGGAAAAGACAGUUGCCCGCUUCUUUUUGGGAAGAGCCCAGGCCUACUCAGGGCCCGCUCAGCCUCUUCGCUUCAUCGCCAUUAUCUUCCUCAAAGGACUUGUUGCCUCUUUAUGAAGGAAAGAAAAGCCUCAAAGGCCCUGAUGGAUUUGCUUCCUUGAAGAACUUGGUGCCUCUUUAUGAGGGAAAGAAAAGCCACAAAGGUCCUGACAGGUUCAUUUCGUCGAAGGACUUGCCACCUCUUUAUGAGGGAAAGAAACGCCAGAAAGGCUCUGACGGAGGAACCUCCGAGAGGCCGGACGCAGAGGCCCUUCAGGUGCUGAGCACCUGGGGAUGCUGGCCAUUUCAGUGCCAUGGACCACAAACCUCCCCAGGCCUCUACGUGCCACCACUGCCUCUAGCUGCCGCUCUCCCUUCUCCGGCGGCUCCUUUCCCAGCCUUGGGUCUGUGGAGGAAAAAUGGGGGUUCCUCGAUGGAAGGAGAGGCCUUCGGCAAACUGGGAGGAAUGGGGCAAAAAGUGUACCACCGGCCGGUGGUGUGGAAGCCCAUCCCCACCAAACCCGCAGCACCUCCAGCCACCCUCUUCAGUGUCUUUGGGUAUAUUUAGGGCAAGACUGCUUUCCCACCAUUUUCCAGGGCUUUGCCUCAUUCUGGGAAGGAGGGAGCUAAACAGAGAUAUAUAGUUCAGAGGUACAGCUACUGUGGAAUUAAUGCAAUUUUAUGCCACUUUAACUGUCAAGACUCAGUGUAUCUGGAGAAGGGCCACCAAAUGACCAAAUUUACCCCAGUCUAGAAUGUGGGAAGUCAUAGUCCCAAUCUAUUCUGCUUUGGUCAGUUUUCACCUGGAAUAAUACUGUGUUCAGUUCUAGGCACUGCAAUUCAAGAAGGAUAUUGACAAGGUGGAAGGUGUCCAGAGAAGGAUGAACCAAAUGAUCAAAGACUUGGAAGCAAAACUCUAUGAGGAACUGCUGAGGGAGCUGGGUAUGUUUAGCUUGGAAAAAAGAAGGCUGAUAACCAUGUUCAAAUGUUUGAAAGGAUGUCACAUUGAGGAGGGGUCAAGCCUGUUUUCUGCUGCUCUGGAGUCUAGGACAUGGAACAAUAGAUUCAAAUUGCAGGAAAAGUUAUUCUACCUAAACAUUAGGAAGAACUUCUGAUGGUUUGAGCUAUUAGGCAGUAUAACAUGCUGCUUCAAAGUGUGGUUAGGUCCCCUUCUCUUGAGGGGUUUAAGCAGAAUUUGGAUGGCCAUCUGUCAAGGAGGCUUUGAUUGCGUGUUCCUGCAUGACAGAGAGUGGGACUGGAUGGCCCUUGGGGUCUCUUCCAGCUCUAUGAUUCUGUGAUUCAAUGCUAUUGGUGUCAAGUGCUAUUGGUAAUGUUAGUUGUAGUUUGGAGAGGCACCAGAGAAAAGAUUAAAGACCUCAUUAAACUACAACACCUAUGAUUUCAUAGUAUUGAGCAGUUAAAGUGGUGUAAUACUGCAUUCAUUCUACUGUGUAGAUGUCCCCCUUUGUUUCUUUUUCCUUCCCUGCAGUGAGUCCAGGAAAAAAAAGGAGGGAAGCUACAUUCUAGGGAAGAUCUUCCAUUUCAACUACAAAGCCACGCAGCUCAC